GCUGGCAGGAGGUCAGGACACAAGCCUUUUUUAAUCUCUCACUAUCUCUCUCCCUCUCUGUCUUUCUCGCACACGCACUCACUCGUCCUCUCUCCUCCCCUCGAGAUGGAGAGACAGCUUUGGUUGGAGGACGAAGAAAAACAGGGAUUUUGCACGGUUUAGGGAAUUGGCCAAAUUAAACGUAACCAUGCUGUUGUUAUAUCACUCUCACAUCUGGCCCCCGGGUGAUUGGCCGGGAGACCUCGGUCGCGCUUGUUGUCGGUGCGGUCAGGCUGGGGGGGACAGGAGACGCAUUGUGGUCUGUCGAUCCAGUGCGCACUGACCAUGCCUCCGGCACGGCCCGGAGCAAGAAACUUCUGUCACCAACUACGCCCGGAAGUUUGCAGGAUCUUCACGGCAGCGCGGGGAUUUGAGGGAAAAAACACUCCUGUUGUUCUGUUACUGUGAGUUCUCCUGCAGACUGGAUGCCCUGUUACGCUGCGCCUGAUUCUGGUGACUGAGCCUACCAUCUGUCAGUCUGUGUGUGUGUGACUGUCUGGCUUUGCACUGGCUGAACUAAAGCCAUGGAGGUGGCCCUGGUAGACUUUGAGAGCUUGGAUGGGCUUGAUGGCAGCCUCGAGGAUGAGGCGGACACCUACGCUGAUGAGACCACAGCCCUCACAGUGGACAUGCCCCCAGAGCACAACAGCCCAGACAGCAAUUAUCACCUGCGAGCCCCUCAGCUGUCCUCCACAUCCUCCCACUACAGCCCUGUACCCUCCUGCAUGUGGGAAUCCACCUUGUCUCUGGCGAUGCCCCAGACGCAGACACUGGGAGUACCCCAGUCUCCGACAAUGCCAACUCCACGCAGACAAGGGCGCAGCAGCUGUGCAAGCAUACUCUCUAACUGGAAGCUGCUGCUAAGCAGUGAGGCCACGAAGGAGAGUGAGACGAUCUUCAACCGGCUCGCCAAGGAAUGCUGUGAAGAUCUCUUCGUAGACAAACGAGGGCUUGAUGAUGGAGACCAGAAAGUCAUCAUCAACAUUGCCGGUCUACGUUUUGAGACACAACUCAAAACAUUGGACCAGUUUCCCGAAACACUUCUGGGAGAUCCACUGAAGAGGAUGGACUACUUCGAUCCAAUGAGGAACGAGUACUUCUUUGAUCGGAACAGGCCGAGCUUUGAUGGGAUCUUGUAUUACUACCAGUCAGGGGGUAAGAUAAGACGACCCGCAAACGUCCCCCUUGAUGUGUUUGCCGAUGAAAUUGUGUUCUACGAGCUUGGAAUAGAGGCCAUGGAGCAGUUCAGAGAAGACGAAGGAUUCAUAAAAGAUGUUGAGGUUCCUCUCCCUGAUAACGACAUUUACAGGCAGUUCUGGCUGCUGUUUGAGUACCCAGAGAGCUCCAAUGCAGCAAGAGCUGUAGCACUGGUGUCUGUCUUUGUCAUUGUCAUAUCUAUUAUUAUCUUCUGCAUGGAAACACUGCCAGAAUUCAGAGAUGACACCGACCCAAUUGUCCCCACAUCUGCACAACCUUUCAACCAGUCCAUAGGCUUUGCUUCUGGGGUUCCACCUGGCGUGAAGCCCACAACUCUCACUGAUCCUUUCUUCAUCAUUGAGACUGCCUGUAUUGCUUGGUUCUUCUUUGAACUUUGUGUGCGAUUCGUUGCCUGUCCAAGCAAAAGUGAGUUUUUCCACAACAUCAUGAACAUCAUUGACAUCAUAUCCAUCAUGCCCUAUUUUUUCACUCUGAUUACAGAAUUGUCCACAACGCCACAAGAGAACUCAGGACAGAACAUGUCUUUGGCCAUUCUGCGUAUCAUCCGUCUGGUCAGGGUGUUUCGUAUAUUCAAACUGUCACGUCACUCCAAGGGGCUGCAGAUCCUGGGGCAGACUCUGAAGGCCAGCAUGCGUGAGCUUGGUUUGCUCAUCUUCUUCCUCUUCAUUGGAGUCAUUCUUUUCUCCAGUGCUAUCUAUUUCGCAGAGGUAGAUGAGCCUAACACACAGUUUGUGAGCAUACCUGAUGGAUUCUGGUGGGCUGUGGUUACCAUGACCACAGUAGGCUACGGGGACAUGUGUCCCAUUACUAUGGGGGGUAAGAUGGUGGGCACCUUGUGCGCCAUUGCAGGUGUGCUGACCAUCGCUUUGCCUGUUCCCGUCAUCGUUUCCAACUUCAACUACUUCUACCACAGAGAGACAGAAGCAGAGGAGAAGUUGCCCUUGACAAAUGCUGCUGAGGAAACCAUGAAGACUAAUGCAGAAACCAGACAGGGUAGUACUAUGUCUCUCAACAAGGCCAACGGCAUCUGGCAGUGACAAAGGGAAUCAUUGAUAGGAGAAAACUGUACGCAAGUAAAGGAAGUACUUUUACUCAGACUUAAUUGUAAUGGAAGUGUUACUGCCGAGUGUCCAAGGUUGCUGUAAUGGGAUCAAUUAGACAUUCACCUCACCUUGUAAAGAUUUGUUUUAUAAUAAUAAUGAUGUUGUACCACAUUUACCUCUUUUGCGUCUAAUAUGAAGAUGACACUUCAUUUUCAGGAAUUUAUGUCAGCACAUCUAACACCUACUUCAUAAUAGGAGAUUUAGCUGCAUCAAUACAGACGAAAAAAAUUCUCUGUUGUCAUAUAACAGACUUUAUUGUAGCAUAACUUUGCUCUUAUUUGUAUUGUUUUGGCCAUGACUCCUAUUGCGUGCGUUGGUCAAAACUACAACAGUUUCAUUUGGUGUCAUGCAAUGCUUCAACUGAAGCACACAUAACUCAGCUGCAGUGAUGGUGGUAAUGCGCUACGUAGUAACGCGUUACUCUAAUCUGAUCACUUUUUUCAGUAACAGUAAAAGUCACUUACGCUACAAGUCACGUUUUCAGCAUGAGAACAAAUCGCAUGUAAUACAACAAUGGAGGGAGGACUGUGAUGAGCAUUUUUGAGUUGGAAAUACCACCACUGGAGCAGUGGUUAGAAGCACAACUGGAGGCCGAAGCGUCUGAGGUGUGGCAACUUUUUAAAUUUAAAUGAAUUUAAUAUUCAAAAAUGUUGCACAUGGAGAUGAUGCAGAUAUGCAAAACUGAAAGGAAAGAUGGCCAGUACUCAACAAAUAAGACCAAGGUUGUAAAAAAAGAAAAAAAGAACAGUCACAACUUAUAGGAACAACUUGUGCAUAGUGUCUAGAAUCAUAUCUCUGCUGUAUUUAUUCAGUGUAUCAUGAUAAUAAUGUAUUUAUCCAUUUUGACUGACAAGUAGGACAGGAGAGAAUUCUCCACUACUGACAGUCUGACUCCACAUUAUGUAUUAUAAUGGAGUGCCUUAAUUAAUGUAAUGUUGGGUUACUGUUGAAUUUGCCAUAUAUAAUCAUACUGUAAUACUAAGUAUCAAUGUAUCCGCAAUAUUUCUGAUUUCAGAUUGUUUGACAGUGUAGAAGUUGUAAGCAUUCUGUCUUCAUCUGGUAUUUUCAUGGGAAGAAGUAUAGGUAUAUUGAACAUUUUGAACGGGUAGUGAAUCCUACUUAUUUAUGAGGGUGGGAUGAUCAUCCCAAAUCUGGAACAUCAGUCAGUUUGGUGGAUAACUUAAUUUAGAAGUUGAUGCUACAGUUAUGAAACUGCACUUGAGGAAGAAGCCAAUAUGAUUGUUUUGAUAAGGAGAAUAAAGGGAACUGAGAAAGAAUCAUAUGACAUUAGGCCAAAAAUGUCACAUGAUCCAGGUUGUUUUACAGGAAUACGUGUAGAAUCAAUGUAACAUACUUCUGGUAUGUUUUAUGAGUGUUUUUUUUUACAGGUGGAAUGUAAGUGUCACGUUCAUCUGGCUCCAGGAAGACGAUGUUACAUCAAAAUGGCUUAAGACUACUAUAAUAUAUGCAUUUCUGGUUGAACAUAUGAUCAGAUCAACACUUUAGAGUGGCAAGAACCUAUUGGAAUUAGGUGGGGGCAGUUUGCUGUGAUGGCAAGAGACAAGAUGAUGUUUUGUAUGCAAAAGAUCAAAGGUCAACGUCACUGUGACAUCAUAAUGUUGUGCAAAAAUACUUUUCUUCUAAGUCUGUAUUGUAUGAGUGUGGACAGUCAUGGUUGUAAGUGUAACUAGUCCGUGGAAGCAUACAACCACAAAGUGUUCAUUUUAGUUUCAGCCUACACUUUGAAAGAUGUAUUUCAUAUUACGAUUUGUGUGAAACCAGCUGAAAUAGACUGAUAGAGAGAUAAAAGUUUAAUACAGAUUACUACAUAAAUUAGUUCCAUAUGGUUGGCCUGCUUUUUCUCUGUGUGUCUCCUGCGUGUUUGACAAUCAGCUUCAUGCCUUUUCGAUAUAGUCGGCCCCUUGGCUGUUCAGAUAUCAUUAAUGGCAUCGUCAUGGCUACAGCAGACCAGAGUUUAUUACACCAAGAAGACCACUUCACUGUACUUGUAUGUAUGAUAAUGACGACUUACUGUGAUGUAGAUGCAAUACACUCUGGAAUUUUAAA